GAAAGUACACGUCUGCAUGAGUAUAAUUUGACAUUUUUUGGGAAAUAUUCCCUGGACUCAAAAGGAUUAUGUGAAAAUCACAUCGUAAGGCGAUCGAUGUAAGACGCAAACGAACGUUGGGGGGUUUAGUAAUUAAGGAUAUAUGGAGGUAUUCUUCAUAAUUUGGUCUAUGUUUAGGGGUUUUUUGUAAUUUACCCAAGAGUUUAUAAUACAAAGUUCAGAAGAAAACCUUCAAAUGACAAAAAGUGGAGGAAACACAGUCAGCAAGUCUACCCCCGUAAAUAAGAAACCAAAGAAGGGCAUUUUGGGAAACUUCAAAAUAAUUCAUUCAUAUAUUUCCCGCUAUCACGCAACGCUGAUUCAGUACCCAUUAACGGAUUGUCAGUACAGCACAGAAGGAAACGAUUUGUCAGUAACCGCCAUGAAUCGCGCUAUUCACCUCCUCCUACUGCUCCUCCUCCUCCUCCACCGCCUCAUCCUCACCCCCGCCGCCGCCGACGGUGACUCCGACGCCGAUGCGCCAGUCACGAUUCCCUCAAUCGCCUGCUCCGACGAGCUGGUCGCCUUCUCGACCUGUCUCCCUUACGUAGCCGUCCCCCCCAAUAAUCGCACCGAUUCCCCUCCGCCGCAGUGCUGCGACCAGGUCUCCUCCGCCUUCCGCGACGGCUCCGCCAUCUGCCUCUGCUACUUCGUCCUCCGACCUAAAAUCCUCGGAUUUCCGCUCGAUUCAACGAAGAUCUUAUCUCUCACCUCCGUUUGUGCGCUGGACGAUCGAAAUUCCGAGGCUAAUUUCUCUAUGGAAACACUCUGUUCAGGUUUGAUUUGAUUUUUAUAACUCCGUAAUUUUGCACUCUGUUCAU